CUCUCUCUCUCUCUCCAGUGUCUCAGUGGAGUCUUCAGUCUCAGUCAUCAUGGAGUCGGACAUCAGCUCGUGUCCUGCGCUCUGAUCCUCUCGGGAAUCCGCAGAUCUGAUGGGACAUUUAAGGAUGUUUUUCCCUGAUGUCUCAUAUUCACUGCUGUUGUUGGGAAUCUCGUGUCUGACCGGCUUCACCAGGACUUCGCAGGACUUCUCAGGUUAUCUGUCCCGUGUGCUGAGGAAUUACACCGAACAGGCGUGUGACGGAGAGUUCCUGACUUUUCGCUGCCCGCCCAGAACCUCUAUCACCGUCCAAUCAGCUUUCUACGGCAGAACAGACUCCGCCCACUCACCUCAGUGUCCCUCCCCUUACAUCAGCGCUGGAACACACACUGUGAACGACAUCACUUCCUGUCAUGUGUCAACAUCCUUGCAGAAAAUGCUGGAUGAAUGUGAGGACAGACGGAGAUGUCAGGUUCUCGUCAACAGUCGUUUGUUUGGGACGGACCCCUGCCCGAACAUCAGCAAAUACCUCAGUGUGCGCUACAAGUGCAGGCCGAACGAGUACAAGAGUAAGGUGGUGUGUGAAGGAGAGCGUCUGCGGUUGGGCUGUAAGACAGGGAUGCAGAUCGCCGUUUAUUCUGCCAUGUUCGGCCGCACGCAGCAGGGCACGCUGGAGUGUCCUCCACACCACCAGAGGGCGCCAUCUGUCGACUGCUCGUCAGAUGUGGCUCUGCAGGUGAUGACAUCACGAUGUCAAGGGAAACGCUCCUGUGUGGUUCGCGCCUCCACUCAAGAGUUUGGAGAUCCCUGUUAUCGCGGCACCCGCAAAUACCUCAGCGUCAUACACACCUGUGUUCCAAAGAAGCUUGUGCAGGAGUCGGUUUCCAGGCAUCCAUCGUUCCCGUCUCCUCCAUCAGUGCCUCAUGACCCCAACGUGGUGGGAGACAGUGCUCCUCCUGACGGGACCCCGUCUCUGACCUCCGACUCCGCUCCAGGGAGGUCGACGCGAGGCCGGAAAUCUGGUCCAUCUUCAGAAGAAGCGGAUCGGACUGGAAAAUUGAAUCCAAACCCGACCAUUUCCAGUGUCAUUAGACCAACUAUGAGUCUCAUCAGCAGCCUACUGGCGGCAUAUACCUACAUCACAGAGCACCCAGAGCGAUGUGCGCUGUACUUUAUGUGCGGUGUGUGCGCAGGUCUGUUCCUGACUCUGUUUGCGCUGGUGGUUCAGAUCUCCUGCCGUAUGGACUGUAAACCUCGUCACGGAGCCGCUAAGAAGCGCCCGAGAGCUGUGGACUCAGACAGCGACACCACUGACUCUGAUUCAGACUGGGACACCGGCUCAGACCUGUCGGCUCGACGGCACCGGCGCUUCGAGCGAACGCUAAACACGAACGUUUUCACAUCGGCGGAGGAGCUGGAGCGAGCGCAGAGACUGGAGGAGAGAGAGCGCAUCAUACGAGAGAUCUGGAUGAACGGACAGCCGGACGUCCCGGGGACACGGAGUCUCAAUCGCUACUAUUAGAAGCAAUGCCAGAUGAUGAAUGCUGAAGCGUUAGCGUGGUGUUAAACUGCGCUUUUCCUUUGCAGUGGAAAUAAGCUCUUUGUUACGGUGCGCUUCAUCCGUAACCUUUCAGCAUGCGGAGGUCAAAGGUCAAAUGCGGCAUUCGGGAAUAGAGUGCUGCAGUCUGGGCUCUGGAAGUCAAAACUCCAUUCGUUUUCUCCAUAGGGACAUUCGUUUUAGGGUGCUUUCACACCUGUGAAUAGAGUUAGUUGUAACGAAACAGGGAUUAAAAUUGUUACAUUGUUGCUCUUGGUGCGCUUCGCUUUCACACUGCAAAGUUU